UUGCCCGUGCUCUUCAAGUUUUUUUUUUCUUUUUUUUUCUUCUUUCAAUUCCCUUGCUCGAAUCGUCCCGAAUCAACAAAGACAGACCAGGGGCUUGGGGGGAAAAACCAAAGAGAGAGAAAACUAUAAAAAAAAUAAAAAAAAGCCAAGCAAGAAGGAAAAAAGACAGAGAUACAGGCUUCUAUACUCACUGCUGCCCAAACUCCAAUCACAGAGUUUACAUCGGUCCACUCUGUCUUUGACGAGACCACCAAACCCCUGUUGCUUCGCCUCUAUAGAGCAGCUCGCCUUUUUCCUUGUGCGCCCAUCCAAACUCCCGAGACUACCCCAGACCUGUUCUUGCCGGAAGCCGGCUGAGGGAGCCCGGAACUCCCAUUUGCUUCGCUUGGGAAGCGCCAGAACCUAACCGACUGAAGCAACACUGCCGGAAAUUUUUUAUCUUAUUAUUACUCUAUUCUGUCUUAUUUUGCUUUGUUUAAUUACUUGUCUCCUAAUUUUGCCAUCGACGGGGCAAGGCACCAAGAUACAUCGGAUCCAAGCAGCAGGGAUUCUCAUCAGGGCGUGGCUUUUGAUCCAUUGAUUGGGCAGUGAGGAUAUUCGACCUCGCUCACCUAGCUCACCUGCCUAGCGCUCCUCGCCAUUCACCCUGUUCGCCACUCACCGUGAACAGCCAGCCUCCUUCACCUAGGCUAGAGCUAGACCCCUCGACUAGCUGGUGCCUCGUGCGCCUAGCUUCUUCCCUGAAAAACUGGCUCGUCUGUCACUGCGCGCCUCAAAUGACUAGACCGCGGUUGACCUGGCAUAUUCCUUGUGUCAUCCCACUUUCGCUCCCCCUAACUUUUGAUUCACUACCAAAUCGUCAUCAGUCGCGGGAGGGCGUCGGUGCUGCCCUGAAAGAUGGACCCAACUUUUACUGAGGUUGAUCAGCGUUUCGUCCUUGGGGAGAUAAUAAAGGCGAGUGAUCUUGAUGUCGGAACGCUGGUGGACUUUAUCUGUAAACACAACGUGCAGCCAAAUUGGGUCCGGAUGCAGCUCCCAUGUGGUCGCAACCUGUUGCAAGUGUGGAAAGCCGCCGAGGUUAUGUUCAACGCUCCGUUGAACCCCCCUCCUACGGCGCACUUCGCUACGCUGAAGCGCAAAUCCAUUGGUGACUUGAAUGAGCAUGGUUCGAAGCGGCUCGCAACCAGUCCCAUCGACCAGUCGACAUCUCCGUUACCCCCCAUAAUGCAUGCGCCACAACCUCAGCACGUACACUCUCCGUUAAAUGCCACGCGUAAUGUGAGCAUCCAGCCUCGGCCAGCGUCCAACGGCUACCAACAGAGCCCCACGGCUGCACCACCGCCCAUGACUCCGGCUCUACCGCAGUCAAUUGGUCGUAAGCGAGGGCGUCCUUCCAAAGCAGACAAGGAGGCCCAAGCCCGCGCGAACGGUUCAGCCGCCCCAAUGCCGGGCGCGCCUCUGCCUUCCUUAGCGCCACAUCCUGUCUCGCAACACUUACAUGCACCAUCCCCGCCGAACAACAGCCCGGCCGGGGGCAACACUGGUACGCAGUCUCGAUACAUUACGGGGCAUGAUCCCUAUGCACACAGCCCCUCUUCUAGGGGACCUUUUGCUCCAAACCCAGCAGAAGAUGCAAGUAGAGGCAGCGCAAGUGUACGAUGGAGAGAUCCUAUGACGGUCGCAUCACAUUUGCCCACGGGCGAGAAGAGGGACCUGCGCGCUGUGUCUGACUCACUUGUACAGAGGGCUUCUGCAGAAUCCAGGUCGAUCGAGCGGCCAGAGAGAUCCCCAUCCGUCAGUAACCUGAUCACACCGACGGACGAUGGUGGUGGUAUGUCGGGCAUUGCAGGACAUCACAGCCCAGUCGCCCAGUCAGUUGCGGCUAGGCAUGCGAUAUACGGGAACAAUGGGAGCACGGGAACACAGUCGACCGCAGAACAUGAGAAUCGCCCUGUCAGUGGCCAUGAACGGAGAACACAGACGCCUGUCAGCAAUGCGGCUUAACGGGAUCCUUCCCGACCUGCGUCGCUCGGUUCUGGCCUGUUCACUUUAUUCUAUAUAUGUGCGGGUAUUCGGGCGAGCCCCAAUGAUGUCUCGUCCACGUUGGUCCCUUACCAUUUUCAUCACUCCUGGGUUGGAUGAUUUGUGUAAACCAUAAGUUUCUUGUUAGUGUAAGAGAAGGCUUGAUAAUUGUCCACAGGUAUAAUGAGAGGAGAUAUCAAAUUUAGAGAUGUAUCAUAUACAGGUGGGACCAACGACCGACUUCGGAU